CUAAAAGGUUUAGCCCUAAAACAAAAACCUUAUCCUUUUUUUUUUUGUUUUUAAUUUUUAUGGUGCCCAACAGAACCACAAUUACCUUUGGGUUAUGAUACCAAUCCCUUUUUCCAUAUAUUUUCAUUUCCCCUACCCGCCACCGCCACACAUGAACAGUGCCUUCAUUUCUAGGCAAUCCCCCUGUUGUACCUACAAACCCCACCCCAAGAUGUCUAAGCUUCCUCUGGAUGUCAUCUCCGACAUCUUUUUGCGACUUCCGGUCAAGACCCUUGUGCGUUUCAAGUGUUUAUCCAAGCCCUGUUGUGCUGUAAUCGACGACCGUGACUUCAUCAGGUUGCAUCUCUAUCGUUCCAAGAAAACAAAGUCAAAUCUCGGUCUCAUCCUCAAAGCGUUGAAUUUGUACACUGUGGAUUUCGAUACGCUCGAUACGGCCGUUUCAAUUGACCACCCUUUUAGUUUCGCUUGUGGGACUGAGGCUUUUGGUUCUUGCAAUGGAUUGAUUGCUCUGCGCAACUCCGAAAAGUGUCUGGCUUUGUUCAACCCCUCCACCAAGAAGUUGCGCAAACUCCCUGUUUCCACAAUUGAGCUUCCCAAUGAUUCCAGCAAAUCUGGGUAUGUAUUUUAUGGAUUUGGACAGGAUGUUAUUUCUAAUGACUAUAAAGUCGUAAGAAUGGUACAGUUCUAUAGAAUUGAGAAUGAUGAAGAAGGUUCCUUCUUUGAUUAUGAAGUUAAGGUUUAUAGCUUAAAUAACAACUCAUGGAAGAAAAUCAGUAAUUUGCCUUGUUAUCUUCGGUUUUUGUUUCUUUUUUUCUAUCAUCUGUUGCAUAGGAGAGGAUAUGGAGUGCUUGUUAGUGGUGUUUUACAUUGGGUUCUGCCUCCAAGAAGUGAAACAAGUGGGAGGAAUAUGAUAGUUGGUUUCGAUCUAGGGACGGAGGAGUUCCUUCAGGUGCCCCAGGCUGAGAAUACUGAUGAAAAUUUCCUGUUGGAUGUUGGGGUUUUGGAUGGAUGCUUGUGCAUGAUUUGUAAUUAUAAUCAGUUUAGUGUUGAUAUUUUGGUCAUGAAAGAGUAUGGAUUAAAGGAGUCUUGGACUUGGUUAUUGUCGGUUCAAAAAACCACACCUGCUGACGCUGUUAAGUUUUUGAGGCCAUUAGCUUAUUCCAAGAACCUUACUAAGGUUCUUCUGGAAAUGGACAGCCAAAAACUUGUAUGGUAUGAUUUAGAAAAGAAAAGGAUGCGGACUGUGAAGAUUGAUGGUGCUCCGGACACGUUUAGUGCCGAGAUUUUUGUAGGCAGCCUAAUUCCACUAGAUGAUAGGGAUGAAAAAAGCAAGAAGCAAGAGGAACAAGGUGAAAACAACAACACAGGUGGAAAGCAGAGAGAUGAUUUCCUUUCAGAAGGAUUCAGACUGGUUCUGUGAUAAAGCAGAAGAAAUGAUACAGAACAUGAACAAAUUUUAAAGUGGAAUCAAAUAAACAGCAUCAGGUUCUUAAUUCCAUCUUCACUCGAGUUGGCUUAGAUAAAUCCUUAGUAUUUCUUGCGUGUUAACUUAGUAGUUGCAUCAGUAGUUUUUUAAUGUAGGCCUAUAUGACAUAUAUAUAGACUAGUGACCGGCGUUCUGUCAAAAAAGGAAUAAAUGACAGGCUAAUAGAUUAGUGCUGACUCCUGCUUACUGAAUCAUAUACUGUACUAAAUGGUUAAGGAUGUCAAGUUUGAUGGAGCGUCCUUGUGGACUUGAUAGUAGCUCUUAAUUUGUUAGCUUAACAAUCCCAUGAACAAUUAACAUUGCAGUUCAAUUUACUCCAGGGAGUAAAUGAUUCAGCUUUGUUUCUCAUCCGGUUGUGCCACCACAUCAGUCAUUGUGCUUUUGUGGAUGACUUUACAGGGAGUACUGUUGAUUUCUUACUUAGGAGUAUCGACCACACAAUGCUGGAUACAUUCUAAAUAGUUGAGUUUGUGACAGUGCUUUCAACAGACUUCUGGUCUUGCUUUGGUCAUGACAUUUAUAGUCUAUUGUAACUGCAGGAUCUUAUGCUUGUAAAAAAGUUGCAUGUUACAAAACUGAAUAAGGCUUAUGUAUUAUCAUUGCUUUUUCAUAAAGGUUUCUGAUACAAUAUCUUUGUGUAAUAACACUAAUAGAAUUAUGGGUUUUAG